AUGGCGGACCAGCCUACCCACGCGGGGCAGGAUCCUCCCUCAUCGACCGAGUCUGCCAUUUCCUCGCCACGAACCAGCACCGAUUCUCGCUCAUCCAGUGCUACGACUACCCGACAACAGCAACCUCCACUCCGCCUCCCUCACAUAUCGCCAUCUCCCAACACUUCGCAUCGACAGAGCUUCGGCGAAAGUCUUCGAAACACCCCGCAAUCCCCGCGCAACCGCCGACAGCCGUCGCUGACUCAAGCUGCGAUUCAGGGCUUGAUUGAUAACCCGCCAGCACGUAAUCCUGCAGAUCCCGCGUUCUUGGGCCGAGAUUGGCGGCAUAUUUCGAUCGGGGAGCUUGUCAAGCCGGCAGAUUUGCGGUUUGUGGAAGUGGACACGGGCAUUGAGGAGGCUACAAAUAAAUUGAUCGAUAAUGAUACUACGGUCCUUCUUGUCCGUGAAACCGCCGAAGACAAAUCCGCUGUUGGAACAUUUGGAUACAAUGAUUUGAACGCAUAUUUGUUGUUGGUGGUUGGGCUGGCAAAACCCACCGAGUCGCAACUCACAUCCUUCCAAGAGGUUGCUCAAAAGGCCCGCGAAGGAAGCAAGAUACCUUUGAAAGAUAUUAGAGAUCUUGUCCCGAGAGAGCCAUUGACGACGUUGCCGCAAUCAGCAAAUUUGAUGACAGCCGUGGAAAAGUUCGGUGGUGGAGUGCAUCGUCUCGUUGUGUUGAAGGAAGGCAGCGACGAAGUCGUUGGAAUCGUCAGUCAAUCUAGGCUGGUUAAGUUUCUGUGGGAGAAUGGACGCAGUUUUCCGAUUAUCGACCAGCUUUAUCCGCAACAUCUGAAAGAUCUGCGACUGGGGUCUCAGCAGGUGAUUAGUAUCAACGGAGAUAAGCCACUGUACCACGCUUUGCAGCUUAUGAACGAUGAAGGAAUUUCUUCCUUAGCUGUGGUGGACAAUCAUGCCAACGUUGUUGGUAACAUUUCCACUGUUGAUGUUAAGCUAUUGACAAAAUCAACCGCUCUCCCACUUUUACAUAACACAUGCAUUCACUUCAUCUCUGUCAUUCUAUCGACUCGCGGCCUGGUAGAAGGCAAGGACUCUUUUCCCGUGUUUUACGUGACACCUACAUCAACAUUGGCUCACACAGUGGCUAAAAUGGUUGCUACCAAGUCUCACCGUCUAUGGAUGACCGAUCCUCAAUCGCCAUCAUCAUCUGGACCGCCAACACCAGCUUUGGCCGCCUCCUAUUUCUCCCCGAAUCCUCCUUCAGUAAAUAAUCAGCCACCACCCUCGAAUCACGGUAAUGGCGGCGGCCCUGCACCACCUCCCAGUUAUACCUACCCUCAUCACCCGAUUCCGCCCCAAGCAUAUCAAAGUCCCACUCCAGGUCUAGCACCAUCGCCAGCCAUACCAGCUUCGGCACUACCAGGCGCAAGUCUAUCUGGUCGAUUAGUUGGAGUCGUCAGUCUAACAGAUAUCCUAUUCUGCUAUGCUACAAUCAGCGGCCUGAAUCCGAACGACCCUGCUGAGACGCGCAAUCGUCGUCGACGAAGCAGCAGCUCGAGCCUGAAUGUGCGUAGAAGUGGAGACGUUGCGCGUGAGCUUUUUAGGGGUGGAGUCGUUUGA